ACCUCCCAUAAAUUCCGACGUCUGUCAGCCGUCGGAUACGAGCAUGUUCUGAGAAUGAAAGAAAUAGUAAUUAGUAUACUGCUGUUCGUUAGUGCUUUUGCACUGUUUCCUUAUGUUGGAAUGAUACUUAGCUCCACCUGUGACCACAGCCCUACUGUUGCUGCCACUGGAAGGUGGCUCCACAGAAAACAUGCUGCCCAGCUCACUGAGAUUCAGUCGCGUUACUUGUUUCAAGGUGAGUACAAAUUGCUCAUGAUUGAUGAUAUAAUACUUUCUAACGCAGCUCCUGCGUCUGAGUUGAAUGGCACAGUGACUGAUAUAAUAGAGGAUCAGAAUAUGCGUCAAGAGACCUUUUGUUCAACUACCGAUGCAAACACAACAGUCUACAAAAACAAAUUAGUGGCUGAUUUGUAUCAUCACCUUCUUGUGGACGAUGCACGGAAAAUAGUAUUUUGUUAUGUUCCAAAGGUUGCUUGCUCAAACUGGAAACGUGUGUUCCUAAUAUUUGCCAAUCUAGUAGACCCAGAUGGAAGUCUUCGGCCAAGUAUUGACAUUUUCAGGCAGGUAAAGUCCAUGGAAGACUACUCCCCAUCAGAGCAGGAAUAUAGACUAAGGAACUAUUUCAAGUUCAUGUUUGUAAGAAAUCCAAUCGAACGGUUGGUAUCAGCCUACAGAAACAAAAUUGAACAUCCCACAAGUGACAAUCCCUCUGAGCGUACUAUAUGGGACGGCAUUCGUGCUUGGAUCUUACAGAAACACAGAGGCCCAGCACAAGGGAACAAUGUUACUGAUCCACCAUACCCCACAUUCUCUGAGUUUAUCCAUUUUCUUGGUGCCAGUGAUCCUGCUGAUAUGAAUGAGCACUACAAACCAAUGACAGCACUUUGUCAACCGUGCUCUGUCCAUUACAAUUAUGUUGGCAACUUUGCAACAUUGAGACGAGAUGCAAACAGAAUACUACAAUACCUCCACAUUAACACCAGCUGGUUCUGGGAUCGUGGAAAACACUUUUCAAAUCCAACAAACAAUUAUGUUAAUAAGUACUAUAGUAAGUUAACAUCUAAAGAUAUCGAGAUAAUUGAAAAAGUGGUCUUAGUAGAUGAUAUUCAACUCUAUGAGCAUUUGUUUCCUUCAGUUUAAUUAUAUAACCAUGACAACGAUAUUGACUUUUAUGUAGACUUUAUGGCAAGCAGACA